GCCGAUGAGUCCGUAGGGAGCAUGGCAAAGCGCCUCAACCAGAUUGGAGUGGAGAACACGGAGGAGAACCGCCGGCUGUACCGCCAGAUCCUCUUCAGCGCCGACAGCCGGGUGAAGAAAUGCAUCGGGGGGGUCAUCUUCUUCCACGAGACCAUGUACCAGAAGGCUGAUGAUGGCACCCCCUUCGUCCAGAUGAUCAAGGACAAGGGCAUCGUUGUGGGCAUCAAGGUGGACAAGGGUGUUGUGCCACUGGCUGGGACAGAUGGCGAGACCACCACGCAGGGUCUGGAUGGGCUGUGGGAGCGCUGUGCCCAGUACAAGAAGGAUGGGGCUGACUUUGCCAAGUGGCGCUGCGUGCUGAAGAUCAGCGAGCACACCCCCUCCGCGCUCGCCAUCAUGGAGAACGCCAACGUCCUGGCCCGCUACGCCAGCAUCUGCCAGCAGAACGGCAUCGUGCCCAUCGUGGAGCCAGAGAUCCUGCCUGAUGGUGACCACGAUCUCAAGCGGUGCCAGUAUGUGACAGAGAAGGUGCUGGCAGCUGUCUACAAGGCACUGAGUGAUCACCAUGUCUACCUGGAGGGGACCCUGCUGAAGCCCAACAUGGUGACCCCCGGUCACUCCUGCCCCACCAAGUACAGCCCUGAGGAGAUUGCCAUGGCCACUGUCACCGCUCUGCGCCGCACUGUGCCCCCAGCCGUGCCAGGUGUCACUUUCCUGUCUGGGGGUCAGAGUGAGGAGGAGGCUUCCAUCAACCUCAAUGCCAUCAACACGUGCCCACUGGUGCGGCCAUGGGCCCUCACCUUCUCCUACGGGCGGGCGCUGCAGGCGUCGGCGCUCAGCGCCUGGCGUGGGCAGAGGGACAACGCUGAAGCCGCCACCGAGGAGUUUGUCAAGCGUGCAGAGGUGAUGGGGGUGGCCCUCCUGGGAGGGGGUGCUGAGGGCUGUGUCCCCUGGGGUGGUAGGGACACCAAGGGCUGUGCCAGCAUGGGGUGGUGGAGAGACAGAGGGGGCUGUAUCCCCCAGAAUGGCAGGGACACUGAGGGCUGUGAACCUAUGGAGGGGAAGAUGCUGAGGACUGUGUCCCACAGGGUGAUAGGACUGUGCCUCAUGGGACAAGGGAUGCCAAGGACCGUAGUCCCUGAGGAGGUGACACAGUACUGUCUCCACGGGGCACAGUGA